AUGGUUCUACAACCAGAACUAGUUCGAGAUUCAGAGUACUAUCUUCCUGACGGAAACACAGUGAUACAAGUGGAGAAUGUUUUGUUCAACAUCCACCGCUACAUCCUUUCUCGAGACGGUUCAGCAUUCGAAGGGAUGUUCUCAUUAGACAAUAUCCCUCAAUCAGACUCCGCCGAAACCCUCAUAAUGACCAAUGCUGAAAACACUCGGUCAUCUUAUUCUCGAUCCCAUCUACAUCACCAACACCUCUCUCCCGAAGGCUCCUCCGAUAAAACUCCCAUUCUCCUCUCCGGCGACACCGCGGCAGAUUUUCGAUCCCUCUUAUGGGCUCUAUACGCUCUACCCGCGGAAGUGUUCGCCAUGCCAUCCACUCAGGCUCAAAUCACUCGGCUGAUAGGCAUCGCACGUAUAGCACACAAAUACGCGUUUCGAACAACGGAGAGCUGGGCGCUGAGCGUGUUAACUAUGUGCGUGUGUCAGGCGCCGGAUACACCCUCAGACCACGAUAUUCACGGCGACGUCGAAGUAGACUCUGAGGCAGGCAAAAGCAUCGUUUCGUCGACUGAACUCCUCAUUCAGCUCACGGAGGUGGCGGUUCUUUGCGCACACGACGAGCUUCACGAAGCAGUGGAGCCCAUUUGGGCUGACCUCCUUUUCGCGGGUCAAACACAGGACAUUGUCAGUGCAAUGGGUCUAGCUGAUCGAUACAAAUCGCAGUUGAGGCCUCUACUGGGUUUGGCAUACUAUUUGAUGAUGCUGAAAGGCAAGGAAGAAUGGACCAAAGCGGCUUCAGGCGACGUUGAAAUCGACUCAGACAAGACGAAGAAACCUCGUCUCACUCGAGACCAACGUAUACGUCUUCUAUCAGGAUACUACAAUCUUUCCCGAGCAUGCGAAGCACUAUCUAACAAUCCACCUAAAUUGACCCACCACCCAUCAUGCUUCCUCCCUGCUCAACAGGCACAACAGGCUAUUGGACUCGGUGGCGCAGGAACCGCAGCUGCACAUGCACAUGCGCGAUGCGGUGAAUCCUGGGAUACAUUAUGGGCUGGGCUGGUGAUGAGCACCGUCAGCAGUAAUGCCAUGUCAAAUAAUGUGGCCAUAAAGAUACAAAGUGUGGAUCUAUUAAGGAAAAUGCAUAUGGUCAAUCAUGUGCUGGAAAGCCUGGUUAAUGGUGUGGAUGGGUUGGCGGGUACGGAUGCUGCUGCCGCCGCGUCGACAUUUGGUGUGAUGGGGUAUGGUGGAGGGUUUGCUAUGGCUGGAAAUAUGAAUAAGAACUGUUUGAGGAUGGCGUUGAAGGCGAGUGAGGAGAAGGUGAAUGAUGUUUUGUAUGGGCUUGCAGAUUGUUUCGUUGAAUGA